GAAGAAGAAGAAGAAGGAACCUUUCUAGUGCUGAGUCCAGCCAACACGGAACUCAUGAAGGCGACACUGCUACAUGACAGCGACUUUGCUGUCUAUGUGUCACUGUUUAGUGAAAUAUUCAUGCUGCUGAGGCGCUAAAAAUGAGAGAAGGAGUGUGUGUCAAGUGACUCAGCUCUUGUGUCGCCAUGGAGAAGCCCUGGAGGCUGUGGGGGGCCGUGGAGUGUUGUACCCUGACUCUGGCCUCCUGGUCCUGGGGUGCUUGUCGAGUCUCACUUUUGGCCCUCAUCCUCACCUUCCAUCUCUAUGGAGGAUUCUUUCUCCUAGCUCUUAUCCUAGCAUCGGUGGCCAGCAUCCUCUACAAGUUUCAGGAUGUGCUCCUCUACUUCCCUGACCAGCCCUCCUCCUCUCGCCUUUAUGUUCCCAUGCCAACAGGAAUCCCUCAUGAGAAUGUGUACAUUCGCACCAAGGACGGUGUGAAGCUUAACCUCAUCCUCCUUCGCUACACAGGAGGCGACAUGCCUCCUGGGGUCACCCCUGGAAAUCAAAGCAGCCCUGCUUCCUCUGCUCCACCUACCAUCCUUUAUUUCCAUGGUAAUGCAGGUAAUAUUGGUCACAGGGUGCCAAAUGCCCUGCUCAUGCUGGUCAAUCUGAAAGCCAACGUGGUGCUUGUGGACUACCGUGGCUAUGGAAAGAGUGAGGGUGAGCCCUGUGAGGAUGGGCUGUACUUGGAUGCAGAGGCCACACUCGACUAUGUCAUGACCCGUCCUGAUCUGGACAAGACUAAGGUGGUACUAUUUGGCCGCUCACUGGGGGGCGCUGUGGCUGUGCGCUUGGCGUCCGUCAACCCUCACCGCGUAGCAGCCAUUAUUGUUGAAAACACCUUCCUCAGCAUCCCCCACAUGGCAUCGACACUCUUCUCCUUCCUGCCCAUGCGCCUGCUUCCCUUGUGGUGCUAUAGGAAUCAGUUCCUGUCCUAUCGACAGAUGGCGGUGUGCCGCAUGCCCUCGCUGUUUGUGUCUGGUCUGUCGGACCAGCUCAUCCCACCAGUCAUGAUGAAACAACUGUAUGAGCUGUCUCCUGCGCGGACUAAACGCCUGGCUAUCUUUCCAGAGGGCACACACAAUGACACGUGGCAGUGUCAGGGCUACUUUGCUGCUUUGGAGCAGUUCAUGAAAGACCUGAUGAAGAGCCACGCCCAUGAGGAGAGUGCUCAGCCCUCAUCGAGUGUAACUAUCAUCUGAAAUACAUUUCAGGGAUUGAGUGUUGACUACAGAUUAUGGGCUGGAGGAAGUGACGGCUGUCACGGGAAUGAAUUGGAUGUACUUUAUUGAUUUUUGAAAAGAAUGUACAUUUUUAUGCUUGUCUUUGUUUCAUUUCUCUCUCUCUCUCUACCUUUUCACUUUCUGCAAAUGUAACAUAUUUGAUCAAAUGAUUUGAUUUUCAAGGUUUUAAGAGGGUAACAAUGCCCUUGUGGGUUAUUUUGUGUUUCAGCUAUGAAUGCAUGUAUUUAUGACCUUUUAAAUGAAUGAAGCCAGAGCAUACAUGCCCACACUGCAAGUAAUGUCACAACCACAAAAGAUUUGUUGUAAUGGGUCUACUGAAAUGAAUUAAAUUACUGAAACAAUUGCUAAUAACAUGACCAUAUAAGGAUCUGCAAUAUUACAGUGAAAAGUAAUUACUACUCGAAUUUAAAAUUGCACUUCUUCUGAUAUAAAAAAUGAAACACUGAUAAUAUGUAGGUCUAUACUGUAUAUAUCUUUGUUAAUACAUUGCACCAUGUUCUGUUCUGUAGGCUAACAUCUUCUGAGCAAUACUUUGAGGAGCAUAAGAAGGAUUUCUUUUUCUCUCUCCUUUUGGUGAGGAACAUUAAUAUUUAGAGUCCUUGCAUCAGCUAGGCAUGACAUGACAUUGUAGUGAUAAAUAUUUAUAUAUACCCUUGAAAAAUUUGUCUGGCACAAUAGCAUAAAAAAACAACUUGUGCUGUAGAUUAAUUAUAUUCAUUGUUGAGUGCAGAGAUAGUGUUCAGCGGGAUGACGUUGAUACGUUUGUUACUUCUCCCUGUUAAAAAAAGACAUUAUCUUAUUUCCUGUCAAACUACUUCUGUUUCAGUGCGAUUUGGAUAAGCUACAAAAUCUUCCUAUCGUGUCCUGUUAAAACACAACAAGCAUACAGGAUGGUAUUUACUCUUAAAUGAGAUCAAGAUCCUAUUAAGCAACUUUGGCUCCUUUAGUUUGGUAAGGAGCAUUUGAUCUGUGUGUGGUUUGUUAUUGAAGGAUGGGUGAAGAUUUCUUCAAAUCUCUUCGUACAACACUACAAAGCCUCUCCGUAUGUACAUUAAAAUGUUAUCGGUUGCUGUAAUCCUCCUGUCCAUACUCAUCUUGACCAGAUGCAUUUCUUGCGUAAACCCAAGAUAAUCCAAGAAGAGAUGGGCGACAAAAUACAGAUCUCUUUUUAUGCAAAGAAAAGUAUUCCAAAGUGGAGCAGAAGCUAAUAUGAGGUCAGUGUCAGAGUCUAGUGAUUUAAAAAAAAAAAAAAAAUGUGUCACUUUUCCUUCACCUACAACAAGAAAACACAGUCUGGCAAAUUCCAAAAAAAGAUGUUGUGUAGAUGAAGACACUUAUUUUGUCCCCCAUCUCUUGUACUCUAAGCACACUAGAAAUGGAUUUCUUAAUGGCCAGUAUGGACAGGAGGAACAAUUACUCGGUCAAAAUACAUGGCGUGUUAGUAUUGUAUCAAAAAUAGUCCUGAAAAAAUCUAAGCCUAUCCUUUAACAACUAAAAAUAAAUUGAGCAUUUUUAAUCAAAUGUUGUGAUUAUUUGUUUGCUAUUAUUAGCAUCAUGAUGGUUAAUUGGAGGAUUUUAGGUUCUCGUCUCAUCCCAUGCGUAUGUGGCUUUACUCUCUUGGAGGGCUUUUAAUGAGCUAAUUAACCUUUCCUGCAUGUCUUCCAGGGGAAGAAGAGCCUGACGAUUAGCACACUGCUAUCUGCUCUUGCUUUCCAAAUGCAGCCUGCUGCACUGCAGUGGUAGUAAAGCCAUAUUUGAUACUGUUUCUAAACAGUAUGCUAAACAAAACUUAACAAUCAUCAAAAAAACAAAUUUGUGUCAAUGUGAACGUGAAAAAUGGUCUAAAGGCUACUAUGAAUGUAAAUUGUGGUCUUAACAAGUGUGCUUUUACAAGAAACAAUGUAUAGAUGGUCUCUUUUCUCCCUUUUUUGUGUGACUUUCCGCCACCAGUGGCAAAAAAAACAGUUUCAGACAUGUUUGUAUUUAUAACAAAUCCAUAAACAGAGUUAGAUUUAUCCCAUCAUAUGUUGUAGAACACGUUAUGCAAUCUGAAUUCAACUCAUUAAUUCCACAAGCUUCGUUUUACACACUUCUGCUGUUAGUUUGCAUUGCGCCAUCUCUUCAUUCAAGAAAGGAUCUAGGAACUUGUCAUCAUUUACUUGAUUAUUGUUUUGGUGGCUGGCCGAAAGCAAAUUAAUACGAACUAGAAUAAUGGGCUUUUAUUUUAGCCAAAUGUAUUGUUGCUGUCCAAGUUGAUGACAAGAAAUGGAAUCAAACUGAAUGUCUCUUCAUUAGUUUUUUUAAUAAAGAAAAUAAUUUGCCAGGUUUUCUGCAAAUGCACUUUGUAACAUAUUGUUCAUAUGAUUGCUAAACGUGGAAUGAAUGCUGUUGAAAGUGUUGGCAUAAUUUUGCAUUUGCAAUCUGUCAUGUGAUUUACAUUUCAGUUCUGUAAUGGACCUGCACAGUGUUGAUUUGUGGACAUCUACCAUGACUUACAGUGACUCAACAUUGAUGGGGUAUCUGAAUAGUUCAUCUUUAUAAAGCAGUCAGUUUGAGGUAUUUUCCAUUUUACUUAUGGUUUUUUUUCUAUUUCCAAACAAUGUCGACACAACUUUUUUUGUAAGUACACAUUUUCACUUUCUAUUUUCUGUACUGUAACAUGCAAUAAAUUGAUACAUUCAAA